AUGUCUACUAACUCCAUCUUAUCUCCGGGUCGUCUUCCAUGGUGGGUUAUCGCACAAUCGGCUAUUUCGGUCCACAACAGCAGCAAGAUAGCACUAUAUGGUUUCAGUCCCUCUGAGUUGGCCUUUGGCAUUGCUGAUCCUUUUCUCCCUUCAGCAGCUCUACUUGACCCGCAGUCUGAUGCGGAAGCUUCCUCUAUCGAUCAGUUUAAUGAUUCUUGGUCAGAGUUUCGUAAUCAACUUGUCGAUAAUUUCUAUAUUACUAGAGCCAUCGCUGAUGAUGUAGCUCAUAAGCUUGAAAUGAUUCACUUGGCUCACGAAGUGCCCUUGCACACUUUUUCUCCUGGAGAUCAGGUUCGGCUCUGUCGACUGGAGAACAGCCACAGAGUCUUACGCGGGCCUUUCACUGUUACGGACUUCCAUCCUUCUAACCCCUAUCUCUAUCGUCUUUCAGAUUGGCCGGGAUGGGUAAGUCUUGGUCAACUACUACCCUUUCGUCAAGAUUCAUCCCUUGACGAUUUCACCAACGCUGUUCAUCCUCAUGAAGCCUAUACCUCCGGUAUUUUCUCGCUCUCCUUGCCUGACGACGUGAAGAUUGAGUUACAUGAUGCCGAGGCCGGCAACUUUGUGAUAAUAGCUGAGGAUGAUACAACUGGUCCUGAACCUACCAGAACCCUCCGUAUUGGUGAGAUUGACCAGAAGCUUCCUGAUGGUUUCAAGAUCAUUGUGUUGAACAAAUCUGCCCGUGGCUCCUGGACUCUACCACCAGCUCGUGAUCGUGUUUCCUUCACAUGGGAUGUCAAUUUUGCUGAUGUUAUCGGUGUCUUCCGCCCUACACGGACACGACGACUGCCCCCAUCUCUUCUCUCUUGGUUGAAGACACAUGGAGCUAUAUGCCGUUUCGCUACCUCUUUUGCAUCUGUUCCGCAUGACGUUUUAAGGGUUGUUGGGAAACGAAUUGCUGAGCAGGAAAUCUUGGAUGUUGCUGCUCGUUGA